GACUGACAUACUCCCGGACGCCAUGCCAAUUACACUUGAAGGGAGCUGCCAUUGCGGUACUGUGCGAUUUACAGUGAAAAGCAGCACCCCUGUCCCAUAUCAGCUAUGUGUAUGUUCCAUUUGCCGCAAAGUAGGUGGUGUUGGCGGUUCGAUCAAUCUUGGUGCACAUUCAAAAACCUUGAUCAUCACCAAAGGUAAAGAAUGCAUCGGAGUGUAUAAGGCUGUGAUGGACAGGGAUACUCCAAAAGAACAUAUCGAAAUGUCUGAGCGCAAUUUCUGCAUGAAAUGCUCUUCUAUGCUAUGGCUUUAUGACGAAACUUGGCCUGAAUUUUUGCAUCCAUUUGCAUCAGUUAUCGACUCGCCGGAACUGGAGGCACCUGAUGAGCUUGUUGUUCUUAAGCUGGAUUCAAAGCCUACCUAUGUGCGCCUUCCAGAGGGAAGGAAGAAUGUGUUCAAGGAUUAUCCCAGUGAUUCCAUUGAGAGCUGGCACAAGAAGCACAAGAAGUACGUGGAAUGAAAUACUAACUUUGUGAAAGAGUGGAAUUAUGUGUGAUCAACCCUGGAAAGGAGACUACUGACGAAUUGGCCGGACAACUGGACUUAAGUAGCACUUGCGUUCCGCGUAUUGUAAACCAUCAGCCGCAGAGCUCUAGUAGAGUCGUGAUUUAUGAAUGAAUUUUUUAUUGACCAC